AUGGCGGAUUCGGAUUCCGACGGCCAAGAAUUGACAAUUUCUGAGCAAAAGAAUGUCGGUACAGAGCAUUCAAAAGAGAAAAGAAAAGGUAAAAAUUACGUUACUGUUUCCUAUCGUAUUAAAUAACGGCUAUUCUAGAGACAAAGUCUCUCUACUGUUCAUAAAUUUACCGCUCAAGGCGGUGAAAUCUAUUAGAUGUGAGACCGUCGCACCCUGUGAAUUAAAAGCCGCUGAUUUUGGGAAAGCGACUAAUAUUUGAUUGAUCGAGUAAUGUCCUUUUUUUCAGUGGGAGAGGAGAUAUUUUCUUUUGUGUAAUCGGACACCAUUAAAUUGAUACCCCCUUAGGAAGGUUUUCCUUCUUGCUGCGACAAAUUGUAAGAGGAGAAAUGGUACUUAAAUACAAAGUCUACGACGGCGUGGUACUUGUGCACACCGGAAGAUGCCUAAGAUGACAACGAAUAAAACUUCGCAUAGAAAUACUUCUUUUUCCUGUACAAUUCGUUGAAGAAGCAAGAACGAUUGCUUGAAGAUAAAACAGCCAUGUUUCGCUCUGAUUUAAUUUUUAAUCCGUGGUAUGGCGACACCACAACGCUUAGCUUUUAAUUUUGUUAUUUUAUGAGACAAUCUAAAAUUUAUGUUUAACAUCUCGUAACUAUCACUGACCACACGCCCACUCCAUUUUCUGGAGGAAUCGUCUCGUUAUUUUUGUUUGAUUAACAGCCUGAAGCAUACUAAGAGGAAUUCCAUGUAUUAAAAUUGUUGCAGUGAAUUUUCACUAAAACUAUAACAAACUAAGUUGAAUUUACCUCAAGAAAAUUGAUAAUAUUUACUUGACCAUCUUAUAAUGUUAUCAUCCUUGAUUACCCUAUUUGCUUGUGAUUGUCUUUGUAACUUGACUCUGUUUUGAGACAUACAAAGAAAAAUCUUAUUAUAAGUGUGUGAUUUAUUUUUUUGGAGAUAAAGAUCAAUUUUUCAUUUGUCUAAGUCUUGUGAUUAGGAAGUUGUCAUAUGCUGUCAUUCUAGUCACCACACAAAGAAAGAACAGCACUUUAGAAAGGCAGUGAAAGCCUAAUUUGAGAUUUUGGAAGUCAAUUUGAGGGAAGUUUAUCUUUAACUUCUCUGUGAGAAACCUCAUAUGCUAAUAAAGCUGAUCAAGAUGGUGUUUUCAUUAGGAACCAGUUUUUACAUAAGAAUAUUCUAGUUUCAGGUAAACUCAAAGGUGAAGUGUCUUUCAAAAUACUAGUCAUUAUUAUAGGCAAAACUAACCCUUUUAUUUACUUUUCAUUUAAAAUUAUUUUCACAAUAACAAUAUGUUUACAAAAUACUUGGAUAUAGGAAAGCAUAAGUAAAAGCAGAUCUCUGACUUAUGAGCCAAUUUUUGUAGUGGCUCAUUUACCUGAGAAUACCAUGAUUGUAAAGUUUGUAUUUUUGAAAGUAUAAAUUGCACAUGAACCAAAGUACACAUACUCACACAUUGCCAUUGGGUUGUUCAUGUGAGUUAUAAAGAAAAACAAGAGCCAAAAAACUACCUAUAGUAACCACAAGCACUUCCCAGUAGAUGUCAUUUUGCAUUGUUUAUUGUCAGUAAUACCUUUGCCACUGUUAUCAUCACACAGUAGCUCUUUUGUUUCCAGGGAUCAUGUAGACAGUAGUGGGAACCGUGAAGUGAGACCCAACACUGCAGAAUGCUCAAAAUUCCAGUUUUAAAGGAGCCUAUAUCUUGUUCCACUCUUUUCUUACACUAAAUACUUAAUCUCACUUAGGCCCAGAAAUGUUAACUUUUAAGAUUGUUUCUAUAUUUUAUAAAUAUUUUUCUACCAGCAGAGGUUUCCUUUUAACUUCUCUUCUGCUACAGCAUUUGCCAAUGAAAAAUCCUGUUCUAUCACUUCUCAAGCACUUUGUUUUCUCCUAAUUUGCCUGCUUUUGGAUCUUGAACUCAAACAGAAAAACCAUAUUCUUAAAAAUUUCACAUUUGACCUAAAUGUUUAAUUUACUUCUAUUAAAAUGUAGGGAAACAUACCAUCAGUGAGAAAGAGAGGUUCAAAAAAAGAGGAGUUAGUAAACCUGGUCGUGCUGUGGUGAUAUCUGGAGGAAGCACAAAACCCCAGUUGGAUGAUGUGCCUGUGGAUUUAUCUGCAGAUCACAAAGAUCUAGUCAUGGAGUACUCAGGUAACAAAUUAAGCUGAAUUAUAAAAUUAUUAUUAUGUAAAAAAAGAUAAGUCUGUUCUCAAGCUUAUGGCUUCCAAUGCUGGAGCUCUACGGUAUAAAAUCAGAACUCAUACUCUCCAUAUUGUUCUUUAUACAUUUCUCAAGGUGCUAACUAGGAGAAUUUGUUUUAACAAUCAAGAUCCUCUUUAGUUAGUGAUAAUUUCCUUUAUUCUCCUGACCUUGAUGUGUGAUUCAGGAGUAAUAUUGUAAGGAGAAAUCAGAUGUUAGUCAAUCAGUGGCUUUGGGUGACUUUCAUAACUGCUUUUUGAAAGCUUAUACUUGCCGAACUCCCCUUUUUAGACAGAAGCUCUCAGGCAUUUUGUGGUUCCUCUGAGAGCAGAGCUUUGUAUUUGGUUACAUAAAGUGACUUUUUACUUGCUUAUCGGGGAUAGUUAUGUGUAUUUUCUUUUACUGUUAUCAGUAUUCUGUUUGGGUCCUAAUGAAAUUUGCAUCACCUUUUUUUUUCAUUCUUAUCAGUCUUUGAUAUUACCGUACUUGUAAUCAGCUUUGUUUUUACAACAUUCUACAAAAAAGAAAUCUUAACUUCAAGGUCAGAUAAAACCAAUAGGUGAUGUUGCAUUAACAAAAUAUUAAUGAAAAGUAUUAAAUGAAAGUGGACUAUAGAUUUGCUCAGCAUUUUCUAGUUCACUGGCAAGGUAUGUUAGCAGUUUGUCUAGUUAGCAGAUUAUAGGAACAGGCAACUUUAACAGGGGUUCAAUCUAACCUACACUUUCUCAGACAUAUAAUUACAUUUUAAGCUCAAUUUGGAUGCUCUUGAAAUUAUAGUAAUUUUGUAAUGCAAAGGUAAUGUUUUUGUAAUAGUUAUGUACUUGGGUCUUCAAAGUCAAACAAAUUGAAAAAAAAUUAUUUUGAUGUACAGAGUUGUAAUUUGGAUCAUUUAUUUUAAAUUGAUGUCCUUUAUUAAAUAACCUGUUAGUCAGUUUAUGUAAAUGAAAUACAUGGAUUUAUCAACUACCUAUGUUCCUUUUGUAUAUGAGCAAAUAAAAGGUAUUGUUAAUUUUAAGAAAAUUAGUCAUUUAGAAUUCAACUUUGCAACUUCAGAAUUUUAUUUAUCUUGCUCAUUGUUCAUUAAAGAAAACUGUUUGAAAUUUGGAAGGAAAAAUCCAAUUUUUUUAGGAUUUGUUUCAAGUAUUUUUACUGGUGUAGAAACUUAAGCAUGACUUCCAAUAUCCUUUUAUAUUACUGGUAAUUUUUUAUAGAUGAAAAAUUCAAAUCAAGAGGCAUCAAAAUACAUGAUUUAGGUGAUGUCUGGGGAUUUUCCAGAGAGUCUUGAAUCAAUUUGUUGCUGCUUUGUAAUUGAGAUGAUUUGCACUUGUCAAUAUGGUGAAUAUAUGAACAGAAUUAUAAUUUGUGCAAAAAGAUUCAUUCUGAAAGUCUAAUCAGGUGGGGUUUUCAAUUUCAAUUAAAAAAUGAAGUGGAUGUUAUUUUCCAACACAGCCUGUUGUUACCUACAGACUUCCAUGCAGUUCUGAAAUUGAUUGUGAUAUGCGUUUUUGUAUUUCAGAGUAUUGAAUAUUGUAGAGACAGUGCAUUACAUUAUUAAAAGGAAAUAAGUGAUGCUUUCAUGCUCUCUUGUUUUACCUCAGGAUCUGAUAAAACUUAUAGGUAAUGUUGCAUCACUUAAAUAUCAGAGAAAAAUAUUAACUGAAAGUUGAUCAAACAUUUGCCAAGAUUUACUUCAGCAUUUUCUAGUUCAGUGGCAAGGUAUAUUAAAACUUUUUCUAGUUGGCAUAUUUUAGGGUGAGGCAAAUUUAACAGGUGUUCAAUCUAAUCUGCAUUUUUCUCAUGUAACUCCAUUAUAAGCUCAAUUCGGAUGCUCUUGAAAGGAUAAUAUGCCUUUUUUGUACUUCAGAGUAUUGAUGUAGAGACAGUCCAUUACAUAAUUAAACAAAACAAGUAAUGCUAUCAUGCUUUCUUGUUUCUUACCAGAGAACAUAUGUGAGGGUUACAUUUAGCUUUAUUUUGCCCUCCAGGCUUUUCAGUAGAUCAAACAACUUUAAUUGUUUAGGAUUAGAACUAUGUUAACAACUUUUCCCUGCAAAAAGAAAGUCUCCUGCAGUGACUGGUUUCUAACACAUUCCUUCAUCAAUUUUUAUGCAUCAUGCAUAUGUUAAUCAAGGCUAAUUUAACACAUUGGUGUUAAACCUUCAUUGAAUGAGUAGUUGUAAAAUGAGAGUUCUAGAACAAGUCAAAACCAAGGAUAAUUUUGUCCACGUCAAGCCAGACCACCUUUUCAUACUUAUCCUUUAACUUCUCCCAGAACUCUUAUUUUACAACCACUACUACAGAGACAAGCUCAAAAAUCUCAAGUCUUUUUUUUUUUUUUUUUUAAAUUAUAACACAUUAACAUGUCAAUCUUCAGUAUCAGGACGAAUUUUGAUAAAUUCAAUCGUACAACAGGCUCACCAUCAAUAAUGGAUCUUUUAUAAAGAAUUCAUGGUGUGCCUUGAUUUUCUCUUUUAUCAAAAGAGUGCUUUUGUAAACGAGAAAAGUAUGGCAGUUUCAUUGAUAGGUCACACUCUCAAGCUCUCGGUUGAUGAUGUUGAGGAGAGCAUCUGAGAGGAUGAAGAUGUAGCAUUUCACAUUACCUGAAUCUGAUACUUUCCUGUUAUUUAUGAGCUGAAUUCCUUCUUUCUUAUUCACCAAUGUCAAUCCUGAGCUGUGAAGAUUGUUGUUUUUCAUACUCCUGAGAUCAAUGAAAAGACAUAAUCUAUCUGCAGCAUAGAAGUCUGUUGCAUUCAUUGCACUGUUUUCCUUUCCAAAUCUUCUGAAGACCUCCUCCCACAUACCUCUUGUCCUCAUUCCUUUACUGUAAAUCUUAUUUGGGAUUCUAGUCACAAUCACCUUUACCUCAGUUAUAUCAGGAUAGAAUGUCUUCUCACUAUUUCUUGCUACUGCUGUGUAUAGCUUGUAGAAUUGAAGAAGAAGUUCCCUCAUUGACCUCCUUGGGGCAUUUACUAUGUCAUUGCUUAUUGAGUCAGUUCCCUUAUCUAUUGAGAUUGCCUUGAGGUGAGUGACAUGCUCGCACCGGAAUCUCUUUUCAUUUGUGUAGUUAAACAAGGUGUCACCAGCGAGUUCUUGACUGUGCAUUACUUUAUACUCAAGGUGGAUGUUAGUCAAUUCAUAGGUGAGCUGUGUCUCGUCAGAUCCUAUCACAACAUUGCUGGCAGGUGCAAGCCUGAGCUCGAAAAGAAGCUCAUCAGAAAGAGCUCUUGGGAAAAAAGACUCCAUGAUCCUUCCGAAUUUCAUGAUCCAAUGGAACCCUAUAUUUGUUCCCAGCUUUGCAUCUGAUCUUCGAAAGAUCUUCAGAUUGACUACCUUCUCUGAACACGAUGCUCUCCCUCUCACUCUCAGUCAAGAAGAGGUCUUCAUAGAGCUUGAAAAGAUCAUAGCCAUCAGUGUCCUGAACGAUUUCUCCUGCGAAUUUAACUGUUAGUCGAGUAACAAGUGCUCCUUAAUGCAUUGUUCACGAGAAAAUGGUUUGAUUCACCACUAACUGUCGAGUCAAAGAUGAGUGAAAGAAAUCCCGGCACAAGCACUACAUCAUCAUAAAACCUUGGAGCUGGGACUCUAAGGACUUCACCCAGAGAAGCCCCAAAGGGUUAAAUGUUACUCGAUGAAUUAUACGGUCUACCUUGAGGGCGUUUGACGUCUUUUUUUUCAAAAAUUGGUUUAAUUUUUUUCGCUGACUUCCAUUUUAAGAGAUUUUGUUGAUACUGAUCCUAUGCUAGACAAAGAAGGAAAUGCAAAUGAUGGAUAUGAUGAAGAUGGUGGAAAUAUGACAGGACACUUAACUUUUAAUCCUUAUUACAAUUCAACUUCCGGUCCUUCAGGUGAUCAAUAUGAAAAGGCAACAAUGAAUAGGGAGGGAGAGAAAGCACCGGAAACUGCUAAAACGUCUUUCAUUGAUGGUGAUUCGUUUAAACAAACAAGAACAACUAUGGCAAACUUACAAUUUGAAGAAAAGUUUCCUGAAUAUGGUAAAAAUGCUAAAGUACUAAACUCAGUUGUCGACAAAGGUCGAUGCAGAGAUAAAGUUGUUGUUGUUGGUCCUCGAGGAGGAAAGACCCCUUCAUUCAAUUCAGAAGGGGCCCUGAAUCCUAAACUUUCAAGAGAAACUGUCGCAUCCCACACAGUUAUAAAAGCCCUGUUCCACAAGAGAAAGAUGGUUCAAGAAUAUAACGACACUCAACCACGAAAUGGUAACAAACAAUCACACUAAUAAUAACAAUUGAUGAUGAUAACAAAAGUAAUAAUAAUGAUAACUUAUAGGGGUUAGCUCAUGAACCUCACUGUUCCUCUUUCGGUCUAUCCCUAGGCUCUAAUAAUGAUUAAACUAGCCUUCUUUUAAAUUUUGAUUUGCCUGGUAAUGAUAGAUCGUUUUCUAAUUUCAUUGCAAUUUCAUUUUCGCGAGACUUUUGUUUCAUACAACAAGGCAUUCCGCGUUGUUAAUAUUCCGCCAUUCCAUCAUUUCAUCGAAUGGCGUCACCCUGUUGAAGUCAACGUAUCGUAUUUUGGAGCUUGCUCGCUUCGCAAAUAUAGCGGCUUUUUUUGAGCAUUAAUUUGUCGCUGAUUAAAAUAGCAAAAUGAUUACUUUUCGAAUAAAUAAAAUUUUUCUUCAAAGUCUCCACGAUGUGCAGAUCAAGCCUAUUAAUAUAUUUCUGUAAGGAAAAAAGUCUUUUUUCAAUUACGUGCCAGAGACGAAGAGGUCGUUCGUAUUCUUUGCUGCCCUCACUCACUCACUCAACAGGACAACAUUAUGGCUUUGCCUCUAUAGGUGACAGUAGCCAUAAAAAUUGAACUGCCGGCGCCUGCUUCUUUCCUCUUCGAUUCAGAGUGAGUUCAAGGGGAAAACCUUCAAUUUCAAGUGGCUUCUUCUUAUCAUCAUCCUAAUAUCUUAUGUCUGAUCCUGUGACGCUCCACUGAACUCCAUCUGAUCGACUGAAGUAAACUCCAUCUGUUGCCUGUCUUUUAUCAUCGAACGACACUUGCGCACUGAACUUAUUAAAGUCUGCAUUUGGAUAUCGUGCUUUGAAGUAGUUCCAGGCUUUUGUCUUAGCUUUAUCUGCAAUUUUAUUCGCUUCGUCUGAUCCUAACCAUGUAAAUAUUUUAAUUGUAUCAAACAAUUAAAAAUGGUUGUAUUGACCUUAACAACAGAUUCGAGUGAUCACACGGUUCGCUUCCGAGAACUUCUCUAUAAAUUUCACAUAACAAACUGGUGAGUUGUUCUCAAUAUAACUCUUGGCACAACUUAAGUCGUUCUGGAGAAAUCUCUAUAUUCGAUUACCAGGUCAAAGCAGGUGUAAAAAAAUUCCUGAAAGUAACUAUUCACUCAAUAGCCUUGGUUUAGCACUUCAAGAAACAUUGAAGAGCGAAGGAGGUAUGGUUCAAAUGAAUACUCCGGUAGAAUGGAGGUUUGGAAAUGCAUAAUCCGAGGAAUAAGAAGAUCAUUCGUGACAAUAAUCUGGCUAAUCUUUUCGGAAUAAAACGACGAUUACAAUAGCGAGAAGAGUUUCAAUUUGAUAUUGAUCAAGCAAUAUAUAACCUUGAAAGUAAAGAUAUCACUCAGACGGAGAGAGAGUUGGAUAAUAACACGAUCUUAUUGGAAGAGUACAAAAAAAUUUUAAAAAUGGAGAGAUUCCGAAGGAGAUUGGAAAUGGAGAUAAAAAGAGGUGAUGAAAUGAGGACUUUGAAAGAGGAAUUAAAGAAGAAACGUCAACAAAGGAGGACGCAAUCCAUAUUUAAAGAAGGAAAAACGUGAAGAAACUGAACAGUAAUGGUUCGCGUAUCAUAUUCUGAAUCCGAUUAAUUAUAAAGAUAAACAAAAAUAGGUGAAAUUAACUUCAGAUAAAUAUUGUAAAAUCUAAAACGUAUGAUAUGUUAUGCGAGAAAGUAAAUUUGAAAUCACCUGCUGACGCAUCCACUCAAAUAAUUCUUUUUGUGCGAUAAAACUCUCACGAUUUUCAACGUCAUAUUUGAUUCCUUAAGAGUCAUUUACAAAUAAUUUUAAUUUUUCUCACCCACAAUUUUCAUGGCUGCUGCCUCCUAUGGAGGCGAAGCCAUAAUGUUGUCCUGUUGAGUGAGUGAGGGUAACAAUAGAAUACGAACGACCUCUUCGUUCACAACGAAGUCUGCCUAGAUUUACCCGAUAUUCCUCGCUCUUGGCUUUUGUUUGUUUCGGAACAUCUUCGGUCGUUCAACGCUUAGUGACGAUUUCUUCGAAUCGCUUCGAAUGUUACACGGAAUAUUAGCAGGUAAUCACACUGUGUUUCGGUGCUACUUAUUGUUCGUCUCGUAGUGUACUCAGAAGAAGAUAAACAUCUCACCUUCCUAAAAUGGUCAGCCGAUUUUCAAUGAAUGCAAUUAAGUAAGCAGAAGUCUGCGCAAUCAUUGCGACUGUAUUCACAUUCUGUCUCAGUGAUUAAGAGGAUAAGCUUCAUCAAAAGUUUCAUGAUGAAUACUUGUUGUCGAUUCUCCAAAAUAAUGUUGAAGAUAAAUAAAAUGGCAAGCAUAGUUAAAAUAAAUUCUUCUUUCUGGUAUAAUGGGACAAAGCUUCUCAAUUUCUGGGUUUAAACCGGACAACUUUUUAUCCUUGGUUUUGCCUUUCCCUAGAACUCUCAUUUUACAACUACUGAUUGUAAAUCAAGUACACAAGCAAUAGAAUUCAUUUGGCUUCUAGUCUCAUUAUGUUAUGUAAUUAACUUACCCAAAAUAUUUAUUUUCAGGCUGAUAGUGGAGCAAAAAGAAUCAUUUUCCAUGAAAAUGUAUUGAUAUUAUUUCCUUAUUUAAUUGAUCUCACCAAAUUGCAUACGAGAUUGAUUUCUAUGUAAUUGCUUUUAUUUUGAUAUGUCUGUUAGGGCCAUCCCCUAUUUCACUUCUUUAGAGUGAAUUACUUGUUGCCUUUUUGACAUGUAUAUUUUGACAGUUCCAUUUGCUUGCAGUUGUAUUUCCUUGCUCUCGUCUGUACAACUUUUACUAAAUCAAAGCGUAGUUUUUUAAAGUAUUAAAUUUGAUAUUGCAUGUGCCAAUCAUAUGUUUUGGUGACUACCAACCUGAGUGACAAUUUAAAAGUACCCAAACCUUAUUGAUUAUUUUAUGUUCAUAGAAAACUCUCGUUAAAUGCUACGAGAGAGAUGGCUUAUCAGAAUUUAUUACUCCAGAUAUUGUAAGUCAUGCCAAAUAAAACUGCUAAUAUAUUUAAUUGCCUUAAGGGUAAUUUUCUAAUCAAUAUCUCAACUAUUAGUGGUCAGUUCAAUAUAGUGCUGUAUAUUUAGAUGAAAGGUACUUAGAGAUGUAAAGUAAAUUUAUUGGUACAAGGUAGUUUUAAUAGCAACAUAGUUAUGAGUUCUCUCUCAUUUAAUCAAGAGCUAUUAAAAAAUUCAAUGCCUAUAAGAUAUUUCUGCAGUUGUGGAAGUAGAUCAGUGUUAGAAUAUGGUGAGUAAAAAAGGGUUCAUUAUUGUGCUUUUUGAUGUAGAAUUUUCUGUUUAAAUUUACGCCUAGAAAUUUCAUUGAUGAGAUAUUGGAUUUGAAAUGAGGCACUUUGAAGGUGAAGGGUUGUUAAGAGGGAAAUUAUCAUGUAAUGAGCACUGUGUGUAGUGGUAAUCCAACACUGGUAAUCCAAGCACUGUGAUAGAAGAAUAGACUAAGCAGAUGACUUUUGUACCAACAUAAAGCAACUGCUUCUGAAAAUAAAGGGGGUAAGUUUCUAGAGAAACUGGUACUGCGUCGGUGGGAGAGUAUAACAGGGUAAUACGGUAUUAUCAACUGAGUUGAUAACAUAAAUUGCUUACAGUAAAGAGUUUCAAAGCUGACGUUUUAUGCGUUAGCCCUUCGUCAGAGCGAAUGGCUUCUGAAAUAGAUGAGCAGAAUUUAGUUAUUCUCUACGUACAUUCAAUGUAUAUCUUUCUUUUGCAGAUAUCUUUGAGCCAUCGGAAGAUGCUGGCUUUAUUGAUAUUCAAGAUGGUGAUGCCAUUUCUGAGAGCAGUGACACUGAGGUUGUGGCACACACCAGAGAAGAGAUGCAGUAUGACAAUCCAGAAACAUCAAGCGAAAGUGAUAGUGAGAAUGAGGGAAACGAGGGUCCUCCCCCUUUGGAUAGUGAUGAGGAUGACGAUGAGGGUAGUGAUGUGGACGGUAUUGACGGCCCCCCUCCAUUGCACAGCGAUGACAACGCUGAGAACACAGAUAAUGGAGAUGAGCUGGUUACCUCACCUGACAGUGGUAGCAGGGAGGAUUUGAGCUCCAGGAAAGCCCCUGUACCCAGGGAAAGGAGAGGCGUGAAGAGUUCUGAUGACUCUGACAGUGAUAGUGAAAGGGAAGUGCCUCCACCUCUUGAUAGUGAAGAUGAAGGAGAAGAAAAUGAUUCCAGAAGCCCUGCUGUAGAAGCUGCCGAAAGUGCUGAUGUGGAUUCUGUUGGAGGUUAUGCUCAUGAUUCACCAGCUGAAGAUGCGAAUGAUAAUGACGAUGAGCAGCCUGGUGGUAAGUUUGAUGAAGAUGAUGAUGACGAAGAGGAGGAGGAACAACCUAUCAGUAAUGAUGGUAAUGCUGACGAUGGUGAUAAUGACGACAAGAAGGAAGAAGAAGAUGUUGAGGUAGUGCCGCAGUCUCCUAGGCCUGUCACACCUGAAUCUGAAAAUUCAGAGGAAGGUGAACUGUCUGAUUCAUCUCCAGAAGUUGAGACGCAGAUUCCAAAGCAGGAUCAGUCUGACGACCCUGAUGACGAUGUUGAGGAUGAUAAAGAGAGUUAUCAUGAAGCAGUUUUGGAUACAAUAGAAAACGAACAUGUCGCGUCUGUUGCUGAUGAGGUUAGCAGCUCUUUAGUCCCAGUCGAGGAAUCGCACGAAGACGAAAAAGAGGAAAGCGAGGAUGAAGGUGAAACUGGAGAUACAGUUGGCGGUGAAUUUGAUGAGAAAGGUACUCUAAAAUCUGAUCAUGACCACAAUGUUUCACAUACUUUUAGAGAAGAAGAGGCGCGUCGUGAUGAUAGCGAUCACGAUAGUGACGAGUCACAAGAAUUUGUUCCCAUUGAAGACGACAAUGAAUUGGAAUGGGAUGUAGAAGAUUUUGAUGUUCCUGAACACAAAACUGUUAAAAGGACUUCAAAGGUGAAUAAAGAAGUACAAGAAGUUGACAAAUUGAAAAAGACUUUUCUGGACACUCUAAAGAGUGAAGCAGAAGGUAUGAAGGUUGUCAGAACUGAACAGAAAGCUGAAUCAAAGAAAAAGGUUGAUAAAGGAGUAAGAGAAAAGAAAAUUCUUGAGGACGAUAAGGAACGUGCACUUGGUAGUUCAAAAGAUUUGGAAACUAAAGAUUUAAAACCUGAGUCUGGAAAAUAUCCUAGAAAGGUAACAAAAGAUAAUCCAGGUAAUAAUGAACACGUGAAAAUUGAAAAGAAAGUUGUCAAGGAUUUGGUGGUCAAAGAUAAAUCAAAAACUGUAGUCUCUUCAAAGCCAGUUGACAAUGCAGCAAAGCCGAAGAAAGGAAAAAUGAAAGCUGCAGAUAAGAAUCUAGAGGAAACGAAUAAGCAACAGACUGAAAAACUUAAGAAGGGUUUUAAAGAAAGCUCAAAAGUAUCUAAAACAUCCGCCAUGGAAAGGGAAGGAAUUUCUAAAGCUGGGAAUGUUAAGUCUGCCUCAGUUUCGUCAUUGCCUAUUGGUGCGGAUGUGCAGCGGAGAAAUCAGCCAACAAAAGAGAAGAAGAAAACAAGGCCAGUCAGUGAUUUUCGUGCUGAUUCUCGUUCACAUAACCAGACAGACGAGGUGCAUGUAGCUGCUAAUCAACCAAGAAAGGAAGCGAAGAAACCGCGGAAAAGUGACAGUGACUCAACAUCGGACUCGUUAACAAGGAAAAAACCACAGAAAACAACUUCGUCUGAAUCUGUAUCUUCCAAGAAACAGAAAUCUAGUUCGACCGCUACAACUACGCGCGGGGAAAGAGAAAAGUCCUCAGAAAAGGCAGAGGUGAGAAAAAACAAAUCUAAAAGGACUGUGAGUAAGCCCGAUGAAUCUGAUCAGGAAGAGGAAAUCAGUCGUGAAAGGAAGAAACGGAGCGAUGCACCGGUUAAAAAUCCAGGUGAAUCGAAAUCCAAACCGAGAGGAAGACCGACGAGUAAUGGUCACCUUUCGAGUUCACAAGAAAAACUUUCCUUUCAUUCUGGUCACCACGAUCAAAGCCCCAGGGAACAUGGUCUCAGGGGUCAUCUUGCGAGGGACCAUGUUGCUAAGGACCACAGUUUGAGGGACAAUGUUACUAAGGAUCACACUGCCAGGGGCCAUGGUAGUAGGGAGCGCAUUGCAAGGGACCAUGGUAGCAGGGAGAAUGUUGCUAGAGACCAUGGUAUCAGAGAGCAUGAUGCUAGGGAUCAUGGUAAUAGGGACCAUGUUCCUAGAGAACGUGGCACUCACAAGCACAGUGGCCACACCCAUGAUCGAAGCAAACACGUCUGGCUUUGCAGAGAUGAUGAGAUCCAUAAACUCAUUGCACAAAAGGCUUCCUUGUUAAAGGAGUACGAGUCAGGAAGCUUGGCUGGCAGGAAAGUUUGUGAGUAAAUAAUUAUAUGAUAUUUAACAGUUAUUAAACCCUGGUGAAGGGAAGUCGCGAUCAAUAAACUUGGUUCCUUUCCCUAAAGUAGGCGAGGAGCAGCACGAGGUGGAAGCGAGAGGAGGAGCGUGACUCGUCCGUCGUGCGUGUAUCGUUGCCUGCCGUCCAUUGAAAAAAGCGUAAAAAAGGAUUAGGUCUAUCCUGAAAGCAAUGCGUCCUGGCUAACAAGGUAUGGUCGGGUUAUGGAGCAUGUUGCCUGACCCUCUGAAACGGCGGCUGCGAAAGAGACUAUAGAUAGUACGUGAAACGAACUCAGCGCCCUUCUUACGUUUGACUUCGGCUGCUUGUUUUUAAUCUUGGGUCAGUUAUGUUAUGUUGUGCUUUUAGUUUCAGGACACAAGAGUCGUCACAAGCGGGAAGAGGAUCCUGCCGAUCUGCCUGACGUGGGAUUCGUUAGCAGCAAACCGAACAGAAGACAAACGAGACCGAUGAGCGAGGUCAUCCCAGGCGGUGUUCCUUACAGCUCUCGGAGGAAGGAUAAGCGUCAAUCUCUGCAGCUUUCAUACACUGGAUCGUCAACAGAUGACGACGAACGCACGAACAGGGCAGCAGAGGUGAAGAAAACGGGAACUUUUGCGGUGGGACUAGCGUCACGUAACAUCGAGCAUUCGGAACCAGCAGGAGAGAGUGACUCGGAACACGAGGAGACUUGUGAAUAUUGUGCUGCAGAGAAGGUAUGGAGCAGUUAGAUUCUGUUCUCAUCUCAGUCCGCCUAACUUCUAGAAUAUCUUCUUUUUUUUUUUUUUUUUUUUCAUUUAACCAAGCUCAAUUUUCACUGUCUUAUCCUAUUUGCUGUCUAAAUUGCUGAUCCUAGCAAUAUGCAUAAUGCUUUUCACUUGUGACCCUAAAAAUGGCGUUGCUUGUCAUGGAGUUCGGUAUAGUUCAAUGGUGAAACAUCGGAACUCGGAAUCCGACGGUGUAGGGCUCGAUUCCUCAUGGCAACUCAGAUUUUAUUUCUUUGACCCUCACUCGUGACAACACGAACAUCCAGAACAUAAGACGUCCUUACUGAAAACGUUACCUUUUAAAAAAAAUUUAAGACAUCACUGAGUAAACCAAUUUAGGCCGUGGACGAACUUGCAAUUCUGAAGUUGCGAUUUCAGACCUCCAAAGAAGCUAAAAAUGUCCAAAUCGCAAUUAAAAUCUCAAUUUUUGUGGUGUGAGCUUUUUCCUUUUUUUGCCUUCUACUCCGUCUUCGUAUUUACCCCCGCAUUACCACAACACACUCAAAGAAAUACUCGCUUCUAUGUUGACUGAAGGUUCUGUGUUACAUAUGGUACUUCAGCACAGUUCUAACCUACACUUACAGUUUUCUAAUCACGUUUUUCCUACACCGUACUGUUACAGUUGUCUUGUACUCAAAAGCAAGACCUCACUGAGUUCUUCCUCCCUUUACAGUAACUUUCUUGACUUUCUCCAACUUGAACCUUAGACUUCAUCUCAUCUUUGUCUUGCAAGGAUACAGAGAAAUAGUGGACAAAAGUGAAAACUGGAAGACAAACUCAACUUCAAUCUAACUGUGUCUUUAUUUUCUCUUUUCCUUGGCUCUCCACGUUGUGUCUGUAUUUGCUGGUUGUUUUAAGAUGACUUGGCAUGAGUAUGUAAAGAGCUGUAAGCAGGCCGUGACCCAACGCCGGGGGCAGCAGGACUGUGAUGAUUCCCGAACUCUCCCUCUUCCACCGCUUCAAACUUUCCGCUUGCCGGGACCUUUCUUUGACUCAUCUGUAAGUUACUUCCAUGCGUCAGAUUUUGAACUAAGUGCUGGCAUACAUUUUUCCCGUCUCGAUACACUUUCUUCAUAAGAGAUUAUAUUCCUGACAAAUCUUCAUCGUGAACUGCUCACAUGUCUGUAUUUUAUAGACGGCUUUAUUCAUUUAUUUCAUAAAUGUUAAACAGUCUCUCAUGUGUGCUUCAUUUUGUUUUGUUUUUUUAAUUUUUUUUUUCUUUUGACGCCGCCGUUUAGUUGAGUUUGAAAUCCUUCUAUCUGGUUAAAUUAUUUAUCAUCGUAUUUCUUGCUAAGAGCGCGGCUGUUCUCGCGAAGUCGUUUGUUUCCAGUGACUAGCGUCUGACGCUUUCUCCGUUUUAUUCCGCUUUCAUCCCCUAAUCUUGAAGCUUCUCUUGUAUUUCUUGAUGUUUUUCGCAUGGAUUGGAAAAAGAUCUUGGAGUACAGGGGCAAAUCAUAAUACGUGGGAAAGUGGGUGAGGCAAGGAGAGGGUGAGUGGUGGAGGCGGGAAGGGGUUGGGGACAAACGAGGGGCGGCUUUUAGAAAACGUGAUAUUGCAGAUGGCGUUUUUCUUUCUUGGUUAGUAUAGGUGAUGUGGAUGGUAACAUUGAAGUCUGUCUUUAGUAGACUCAAAAUAUCUACUUGUAACUCCUGAGUAUCGUUUCAUUUUAUCUUUAUCAUAAAGGAUCUUGAUUAGAGGUUACAUCGCGUGCAGAAAGGAGAUUAUGUUCUCAAUAGCAAUUUGCUCUCGCUCAACAAAAAUUUUUUCUUUGAGGCUUGAUGAUCUCCUCGGGGAAAAAUUUCAUUGAGAGAUGAUUACAAAUGAUGAUGCUUUUGGGAAGAAGCGGAGAAAAUCUGUUGCAAAAACUUGUGGAAAAUUUGUUUCUCAUUUGCUUCUCGUGGAACUCAUAAAAAAAGAAGAAAAGUUAGCUAUCACGGUUAAAAGAUCCUAUCCCAUGAAAGUGUUUCAUUUCUCAAAGCCUGUUUAUCGGUCGCUCACAUGUCCUUAAAAGUAAUUGCGCUUUGUCAAGUACAAAUGCAUAUCUGCCUUCGGUUGCUGUUUCCGUCAAUUUAAGCGUGAUUAAAGGAUUUAAAUUCCUGUUUCUGUAAUGAUCUUUACUUAUUCCUAAAAGCAAGCUAGUUAUCUUGUAACCACAAUAUUCCUUGAAACAUCUGUCGUCUCUUUAUAUUUCUUCGUUUCGUUUUUUAUCACAAGACUCGAAUGAAAAAGCGCUCUGGAUCGAUCGGCCCGGGGCUCAACAUUUUCCCUUCUCCUUUUGACACGGAUGAAAUUGUUAUUCUACGGGAUGGAUUUCAUUGUUACUGCGUUUGUAAACUGAAUUGCGGGGCUAUUUUGACUAGAAGAAUGUGGUUUUAUUGCGAAUCAAUGGGAUAAAUAAUUGAGCGCUAAACCACCGCUGUGAUGGAUACAAAUCAAGUCGGUCAACAGUAAGAAUAACUUUCGGAUGUUGUGCAAGAAAGUUUCGAAGCGGACCAUUUUGGCUCGAAUUUCCUCUUUUCUGUUCUUGGCGAUGGCCAAACGAGUUUUACCGAGCCGUUAAGCAAAUCGGUAUUUUUUUCAGUUCGCACUUCCAAACUGGAAACUUCAUGCCGUAUCUCCACGAAACCUGCCUUCUCGAAGAGUGCCAUGGUUUUGUACGUAAAAUAUGAGUUAUUUACCUUCCGGGUCAUAAUAUUCCGUAUUGCCCGCGGUACAGGUUGUUUGGAUAUUUUAACCUACUUUCCUAAUUUUUAUUCGUAGGCUGCGGCAAACAAGGCCCGAGAGCGAAAUCCAGGUAAGUUUGUGAUGUGUCUUUAUUUAGUGUUUACUUUUACAUCGUCGAGUUUGUGCUGACAGAUAAUUGGAAAUAUCUCUAUUUUCUCGCCGAGUGAUUUACCAAAAAGAGAUAGUGGAGCAAGUGAAAUUCAAUCACCUUGUUCAGAGCUAGGCCCGCUGAAUAUGUGAGGAAUUCACAGUAGAACUUGAGAUUCCAUCGAAAUAUGGUUAAUCGUAGUUGGUUGAGAAACGACUGUGAAUAAACGUUUGGCGAGAAACAAAACAUCCCGGUUAACACUUACCAAACAUUUGUCAUCCUGUCAAUUUUGCAUUCGCUUUUUUUUUAUUAGUUAAACUUACUCAGUUUUAAGGCGAGUGAUCACUUCUUUUUUCACACUCUGUGACUACUGCCGAUUACAAUUUAUAAUCUCUCUAAGCUACUAAGACCCGCGAUUCGCAUUGAACUACGAGCAAAUUUAUGUAGCGCACUUAAUAUUUUAUGACUGGAAGUGUUUUCAAUGAUGAUCGAAAUUAGAUGUCUGAAUUCUUUAAUGAAGUCUAAUCGACAUACUUUUUUUUGGGGGGGGGGGGAAGGGUCAUUUUGAGGUUUAAUUUUUGUUACUCUUAUAAUAUUACUAAAAGUAGAACGAAAAUUUCCAAAUUUAGAUCACUAUUUUUCGCUUUUCGCUCGACAACAAGGGAAAACUGAGAUAAUUUAUUAGCCGACAACGAACUCGGCAUGUGAUCAUUAUUAUGAGCUCGGAUGUGAUACUAAUGUUCCAGUAAUAAUGUCUGAAUACGUAAGCAUGUCCCAUAUUAUUGAUCGAAAAAGUCGUUUUAAGGUACGGCUUACUUACAAAAAUGUGUUUUUUUACAAUAUUUUAAUUUUCUCCUUUGUUUUGGGAAAGGUCUUUACGCUGGAAACUGCAGAUUUUCAAAUUUCGCUACGUCGGUUACUUUUUCGCUGACUUGACCAGCCAGCAGACGCCGGCGGCACAAAUUUUUUUUCUGUUUUUUAUAAGACAAAUUUGUCAUCUUAGAGCGCAUUACGAUUGAGUUAAAUAAAACAAAAGUAAAGUAAUACGACAGCUAAUUGGAAGGAAGAAUAACAACAAGUAAAAACAGUCAUACUGCCUAAAGCGCGGGAAAAGGCGAGACACCAAAUCGCGAUUGGUUUUAAGUUUGGAAUCUGAUUGGUGGAGAGAGAAGCGCCUGUUUUGAACCAAUCGAGCAACACCUAAGCAACCGCAGAUUACUUUCGACACUUAUUUGAAAAUUUUGCUAAUAGUUCUUCCCUCUUCAAUCCCCGUUACUUUUUCAUCUGUCUAUCCUUGUUGUGCACGGUUUGGAGCCAGGCCUCGUUUUGAGACGGAGGUCUGGGAGCAAAGGAGCAAGAACGAAUUAGCGCUCCACACUUUCGGAGCCAUCGUUUCUGUAAAGUGUGUAUUUUUGAGUGGAUGGCUUCAUAAUUGUUGUCAAAAUUUUAAUUCUUAAUUUUGCCGAUAUUUCUAUGUCUACGGUAGAAAGACUAUGAAUAAAGUAAUUUUGCUUAAAGGAUUUUUAAAUGGAAAGGGUUUAAGUAAGUUAGAAGAGCUGUGUGGUUGCUAACGAGUGUGUACCCCACCGAAGUACUCUUUAUAUGCAAAAGAAUGUACCUAUUAUUGACGCUGCAGGACGUGCGUUUCUUCGCUCGCGGGAAGAUUUGAGACGAGUCGCUCAAGGCCUCAUUUAAUACUUUCCCGCGCCCGAAGAAACGCUUGUGUCAAAGUACCGAUUAUGAGGGCAUGUUUGCAAGCUACUGUAGUUCUUUAUUCGAGACUGCAAAUCCAAAUUUGGCCCAAACAAAUAUCUUUUUUAGCAUUAUUUCCAUUAACGUUGUCGGCUUGUCACAAACAAAAGCGAUUUUGCUUUUAUUUACCUUUAAUGAAAUAAGGCAAGUGGACUCUGUAGGUGAAAAUGAUUUUAAUUGAAAAAGAAAAUGCAUUCGAGAACAAAUUGGUUAUUUUUAGUCAUGUUUAUUGCAAUUUUGCGGUUUGAAAGGAGGCGAAUUUAAAUCGUUUUCCUCUUUUUUACUACCUAGAGAUAAGUUUAGAGUUUCAAGUGCUUGAAAUAGCUCGAUUUCAUGUUUCACUCCCAAAACAAUCUUUGUUUAUAGUUAUGAUGCAUUAAAAAAGAAAUCUCCAAAUCCAUUUACCUCUUAACGGUUUUUGUCUGAUUAAAUUGCGUCCCUGCAGUGAAAUCGAUUUUUCGGUCGGAUCGUGCUGGCUUGUCAAAAUGCGAUAAAUAGUCGAGAACGUUGGGUGCGAAAUACAAUGAGAAGUGUAAACGAGAGAGAUUGAAAGAGACAACCCGUUUCGCGCCAAGACAGCUGCGUGUAUGAAGACAAGCACCUUUAAAGAGCUUUUCUUGUUAACUGUCAUUUGAGGAAAUUUUUUUAUAUCGGAUGUUGGUACUUUGAAAUGGAUUAAACUUUGAGAAAUACUCGACCAUCAGUCUCUAGUUUCGCCAAUGCAACUGUAAACAUUUCGUUUUCGUUCUCCACUCGUUUAUCGUUUCUGUGUGUAUUUUUCACGCAUUGUAGACAUAAAUAUUUAAUCACCUGUAGUCGUUGGGUGCCCAUAUCAUAUUUGUCAAAUGUUCUAAACCAGAGUCGGGUAAAGUCAACACUGUUUCGUGUUCCGCGGUGAAAAAAAUGAGUUUGUGUGGGGCACGCGCUUGUUAGUUUUGUGGCUUGGAUCGCAAUUUCGUAGCGAAAAUGUGACUGGUUCAGAUGUAAACCUGAUGUUGCUUAGUCGUACGUCUUCAAGAUGGUUUCCGAUGUGUUUGAGUUUAACAUUCCGGAAGUCAGACUUUUCUUCCGAUUCUGCGAGCAUAAGGACCACGAUGUACUUCCAAUAGGUACAAAGUUUCGAUAGUAGCUUUCAACUUUGUCUAGCGAAAAUUCUUUGCCCCUUUGCAAACGCGGCAAUCUCGUUAGAUUAAUUUCUACAAAACUGGGGGAGAGAUUGUGAUGAUAAAUUGAUUGACUGUCGCAAGAAGAAGAACCACGUUCGCUUCACUGAAUCGCUUCCAACUGCUGUAAAUAAUUCAAUUAACAGCGUUUUUUUCUUUUUGAUUUAAGCUUGGGAUGGCCCACAUCAUCCGAGGAAUCUUCUUCUUGGAGUUGUGUACACAGCCAAGGUAAGUCAGUCAUUAAUCACGAAGCGUUGUUCAACAUUAGUUGUUUAGUUUGCGGGUUUUUCCAAUUUUUAUUCGAUUCAUUGUCUUUAUUCUCGUUCCAGCUUUUAGCGUAUUAUUAGAUAAGACUUUUUUUGCCGCGCAUCUUUUGUCAACGCGUAACCUUUAUUAAGAAUUUCGCUGAGUGUAGUUAUGAAAAAGUCUUAAAGUUGAGAAGUUGAUAUUUACAUCAGUUUGGUGGAUGAAUCAACGGCGGAAGUCGAUCCUAAAAAUAAACGUCUGAAGGCCCGUGGGCAUAGCCUUCGAAUUGCUUUUUUCUGACGCUUUUUAGCGUCACAUCUACAUGCUUUCAGUUUUACUCUUUCAAUGGAGAAGUGUUGCUUCUCUGGUGUUGCGAAUAUAGGUCUCUCAGUCUCUUAACUAUAGCUUCGAUCAUUCGCGAUCAUUUUGAAAAUUUGCAUCCGAAAGACCCGUUAUUGUCUCUACUGACAGGUUACUCUAUAAACAAACGGCCUAAUGAAAAGGUUUAAAACUAACAAAUUUUGUCGUCUUUCAUAUCCUUUCAAAUGUUUGAGUAGUAUGAUUUUUAGAGUAAGAGGUUGUGUUCAAGAAUGGAAAACCAACGGUUAUUUUUCUCACGAUCGAUUAGCACUUUGCAUUUAAAUGAGUCCUAAUUUAAUGUCGACCAAGUCAUUACUGUUUCUUAACACGGCUGAUUCGACCAUCGGCGAUGUGUUUGUGUGGUUAAAUUCAAUAAGAAUAAACAUUAAAAAAAGGCUAGAACCAUCUUUGAUAAUACUUAAUCUCAAAUAAGUUUUGGUCGCCCUAACAGACGACGUAACUAAGACCGUGACGGUUGUAACUUCACUCAGAUCUUAAGGGUUAAUUUAUGUGCAAAAAUUAGCACUUCGACAGCAAAGUAUAUUUGAAGGCAAUUCUAAUCAAGUGAAUAGCACGACUGAAUAUUGGUUUAACAUCUGAUGCCCUGUCAUAAAUAUGCAAAUAGAAUUGAUUGUAAUCAAGUCGUCAUAAAUGAAUCCCCCUUGUUUGCUCGAGAUGGUACAGAUAAUCAUGACCUAUUUUAGACAACUUCCAUAUUCAUUUCUGACAAGCUGAAUGCAACCUGGAUUUGAUCCGUCCUUAAAAUUAUAAUUCUGAGCUUUUAUAUGCUUCCAUUUCUUCUCUUUUUAGUACCUGGGUUCGUCGCAAAUUAUGUCGCCCCAGGCCCCAAACAAAGCUGUUCGGAUGGAACAGGCUCAGGAAGCCGUGGGACGAAUAAAGGUUAGACUUACUGAAAUCCUUUGCUUCCUCAGGGUUACUAUGUAAGCUUUAAAUUUAUAAUUCACCAAAGAGGCUUUGUGCUUUGUCGUUCCAUGUGCGGCACUGCCGAGUUGAUUACAGUUUGUACUCUGGCUUGUAAAUCCGCCUUUAACCGUUCGAUCCUAAGAGUGACCAACAUCUAAUUUCUCCUUGAAAUAUCACCCCAAAAUCGCACAUUUAAGUCACAAGAAUAAAGGAAUGAACACCCACUAAAGACGUUUUCUGUUGUAAAAAAAAUUCUCCUUGUCACCAACUUAGGAAAUGUUUAGCGAACAGUAUGGAGAAUAUACAUACUGAUAUUAGGGUGUAAAGGGAUGAAGAGUGAUUUGCUUAUAACAAAAGGAGCUAUAUAUGAUAUUUUGAGGGUUUUGCGACGUACAGACGUCUUCAAAACCAAAAAGAAUUUCAGAAUGAUCGUUUGCGAAGGUAGAAAAACUCUCAGUAGGUAAAAAUAUAGCACGUAGGAACAUGGAUAGUGAAGGUGGAAAAGAUUGACGCGGAUUGCAAAAAGUAACGUUGAUACACAAGUUUUAACAAUUCCCCUUUUUCAGCCAGUUUUGUUUGUUGUCCGUUAGGUUCCUGAGGGUGAGGAUCAACCAACUACUGAUAUUGACUUUUUCAUUUCUACUGAAAGACUUAAAGUGGUCAAUUCCACUACAAAGGUAAGUUAUCCCAAUUUUGCAGGUUUCUUGUUUGCUGUUCGUUCUCUGAAGAUAACUGUUCUAAUAUGUGGAGUUAAAUGGGACUGCUGUAUCUGAAGUACUGAAGUACGCCGUGAAAAGGACAGGAAACAGCACGACGCGGCAACAAAUCGCAGCGAAAAUUUCCUUAGUGUUACUUAGACAAUUUUUGUUGUGAGUUGCACCAUCUUGAUUCAUAAGCACUCUACACUGAGCUGUUUAGCGACUAGAUUAAAGAUGAUGUUCUUCACUAAUGACACAGGCAUACACAAAGGAAAAGAACUCCAUCAUCGUUGCGUUGUUUCCCAACCCAAGAAAUGUAAAAAUAAUAGUUCUAUUAACUUGUUCUUCAACAGGAGGUCAUGUUAGACCACUCCCUCCGCUCCGUGUCGUUCAUCGCAGAUAUCGGAGAUGUUCUUGUGCUAAUGGCUCGUCAGCAAUCCGAGGAACGCGCCAACAAAGAGGUUUUAAAACCUUCACAGAUCCUGGCUAGCGUAGGAACGGCGCAGACGGACCACAAAAACGUCAAGAUCACUUGCCACGUUUUUCAGGCGCCAGAGGUCAGUCCUAAAUAUAUAAUUUAUCUUCAAAGAUGUUUCAUGAAGGAACCUUCUUGUAAAGAGAGACGUUUUGAGAGCUUUCUCGCCCUAUUUUUAAUCGUUGGGUUUUUCGCAACUUGAAAAACUUAGCUGCGAUUCGGAAGAAGGUCCAAAAUAUCAGCUCGGUGAGAUGGAAAAAUCACAAAAAUAGGCGAUUAUAUAACGAAAAAGUAACAAUGACAGCUCGGAUUAGAAGAAUUGAACGCAUUUGAGCAACAGGUGUUGACGUUACUUUUGUAAAUUUAGUCUCUAGUCUCCAGAGCACGAGUAUGAUUCUGUCUGGUAACUCUUUACUAUAUUUAUCAGAGUCGCUACACAGAAAUCGAUCAUAUGGUCAGAAAGGUCAUAUGAUCGACCGUAAUCGUCGCACUGUAGGGUUUGUUGACGUGGUCUAACUUCAUCAUCACACUCAAUACACGGAUGAAUGCUCAUUUUGAUCAGUUCGUAUUCGUAUUGUAGCUAGCUCUACCCUCUUCAUAUGUACUUUGAUCGGAUCAAAACAUACAUGCGACCGCCAGAGGAAACAGAGCACAAUUACAUAAUUUUUGCCUAUUCUGAUCCUAAGGGAAAUUAUGCUAUCAGACUAUUACUGUGAAAAAAGCCACAAGCAUAAACAAUAGACUUUUAUCUUAAAAAUAUCACACUUACCUUACGCAAGGCAACAAGUUAAUUUUAUUUGUAUGUUACUCGCUUUACCUUUUACCGACUUGUCGAACGCGACAAUCGACAUUCGUUUACCAGGUGUUUUCAUCUGUUAUUGUUAAGAAAGUCACAAAUAGACACAACAGAACUUUACUUGUAUGUUGCGCUGCAUCCAUGCAUAUGUUGUUAUAGAAAGUCUUCAUGGCAUGUUAAGAAACAAGAAAGAGUUUCUCAAGCUUACGAAUUGCCCGUGAGUAAGAAACGAGUACAUACCAAACGAACAACGCUUGAAUUUUUUUUUGUUUGAAACGGAGAACGCUUCCCUUUGUUGUUAGAAACGAACCACGCUUUUAGAAUCGUUACUCAAACAUAUUUCAAUUCCGAACAUGCAUAUGAUCGUUUUCUGUGUAGUCAAAGUCUUCAUGGUAUUGUUAGAAACCAAGAAAAAGUUUCUCAAGCUUACGAAACGUUCGUGAGUAAGAAACGAUUACAUACCAAACGAACAACGCUGAAUUUUGUUGUUGGAAACGAACAACGUUUCCCUUUGUUGUUAGGAACGAACAACGCUUUAAGAAUCUUCAUGGUGUUGUCAGAAACUAAGAGCGCCUUCGUGAUAAAAAUUUCUCAACGUUAUUGCCUAUUUACAGUAUGAAAUUCUAAUCUUUUUAGUAUUUGUUUCUUCGGGCGACUUGACUUUUUUUUUCGGGUGACAUAACUAAAAUUUCGGGCAACAUGACUCAGGUUUCGGGCGACUUGACUUUAAACCUUUCAAAUCGUACCUUUUUUUUUACCUGAUUUUGUUGCCUUCAAUCAAAAAUUCAAAACAAAAGGUAUCUUCACCCCCAAGUAAUUCAAUCUAAUCUAAACUUGGCUUGAUUCUUUGCAGGCUCAGGUUAUAGCCAAGAGUAUUGGUCAGGCAUUCAAUGUGGCUUACCAAGAAUUUUUAAGACAAAACGGACUAAGUGAGGACGUUAUUGAAGAUGCCGAGUAUAACGGUGUGUUGGAGGCACAGAAAAUACUCGGCGAGGACUUGUCCCUGUUGUCCGAUGAAAAUAGCGCCAAAGAAGUAAGUUGGAUGAACGAUGUUUGAGAGAUAGUUAAUGAUGUUCAUGUUCGCUUUUUACGUCUUACGAAACCAGCGUCGAGGUAGUUAAAACCGCAAGAUAUGGAAGUUGCAAUUUAUAAAAAUUCCUAAGAGAUGAUAAAAUGAUAAGAAAAUAAUCAGAAUGCAAUAAAGAUGAGAAGGAUUUAGAUGGAUUGCCAACGAGAAACUCAAAGAUAUUAGCGCAAAUAUGAUCUUUCGAGAUGACUGCAGACUUUGAAGUUUAUGUUUUCAAAUCCUAUCUUGUUGUAGGUGAUUGUUAAUAAGAAGCCCGCUGAAAUACUUGGUGUGAUGAUCGUGGAAUCAGGUUGGGGAUCCAUGAUUCCUUGUGCCAUCAUAGCUCAUCUAGCGAAAGAUGGACCAGCGGCUAAGUCUGGCAGGCUUAAUGUUGGUGAUCAGAUCCUCUCAGUGAACGGUACAAGUUUAGUCGGUCUGCCUUUGUUAGAAUGUCAAAAUAUUAUUAAGGUAAGGCAACGAAAUUGGAACAGUUGACUAGAUUGUAGGGUUGAUUUUGCCACAGGGGUGCAAACCACGUGCACGUGACAAACUGGCGUUUCCUGGUUGGUUGAUCAUUAGGAACAAAUAAUGAGUUUAACAAAUCUAGUUACGGGAGUGAGAUUCCAGAAGAACAUCACAUCAUGGGCGUAUUUCAAGCAGUGUGGAAUUUUUUUCUCACUUUCCCUUAAGACGUGUUAAUCUUUCAGUGCUGUUUAACAGCUCUACCUUCGAUUCACAGAAAUGAAUUUUAGCCGAGUAUAGUCUUUGAUAGUUUAUAAAUUCCUGCCUCUCAGCACCUUAGCUUGUACCGUGGAAACCAUUCAGUCUGUGAGGACGAGCUAAAACAGCAAAGCAUGCGAGUGUAAAAACAAGGAAGGCAACCUGUAAACCUCCCUUUUUUUCGCUCGUUUCCUCUGAGAUUCAUCUCUUUCCUCUUCCUCUCUCCCCUUCUCCUGUUACUAACAAAGUGCUUGCAAUAUUUCCAAAAGAAUGUUGACACCUUAAUUGAGUAUUACCCUGACUCUAAGCAAAAGUAGACGCUCGUAAAAGUUAUUCGCCAGUAGUAAUCUUCUUCAUGUUUAACAAGUGCUGACUGUUAAUGUGUCAUAGGGCAUACGUCCAGAGACGAAAGUGGUGAUGAAAAUCGUGUCGUGUCCUCCAACUGUACAAGUGGUGGUUAACAGACCGGAUACCAAAUAUCAGCUUGGAUUCAGUGUGCAAAAUGGAAUGGUAAGUGGGUUGAUCGUUGUUUUAUGUAAACGUGUAAUUUGUAUGGUGCGUUUAAAGCUUUUGAGUAGUUACUGACUCAGACACCCAACAUUAACCCUAACUUGUCAUCAAUUGACUGUUGUUGGGUUAGAGGAGGGGUGGGUGGGCAGUUGCCCAGAUACUGAUAUUGAUCCGAUAUUUCUUUGACAAGUGUACUUGUGAAGGAAAACUUCCUGGUGUAGAUAGUCUCUCUUUCUAUUCUUCUCCCGUCGGCCUUUGCAGCUCUACACACGAUCUUGACUUCACCUCGUAAAAAUUCAACUGCGCGUCUUCAUGACGAUAUUCGGAACGAUCACAUGAAGUGUUGUGGCUUGAACGUGUUGUUAGACUUAGGUUCCUACGAAAAAAGACAACUCAGAUAUAAGCUGAAUUUUUGUCAUGCUAAACCUCAGUUUCGUCAAUCAGGACUCUUAUGUUUCAAGUAAUAUUCUAACUUAUCCUUGUCGCGCUACUGUUACUGAUUUUAGUUAUCUUGUCCUCUUUAGAUUUGCAGUUUAAUGCGCGGAAGUAUAGCAGAGAGAGGCGGUGUUCGAGUGGGACACAGGAUUAUUGAAAUAAAUGGCGAGAGUGUGGUAGCCACGUCUCAUCAGCAUAUAGUGGAACUAUUGGCCACCACAAUAGGAGAGGUUUGUUGACGUUACGGGGUUUUAUUUGUCAAAGCACUUUUCUACUGAGUGCCAUGAAAUCAAGUCUUGAAUUUUUAGACGAUCAGAAUUUCUUACUGAUUUGUAUCUCUUCAGAUCCGUAUGAAGACCAUGCCUGCCUCCAUGUAUCGCCUUUUAGUUGGUUUGGAAACACCACAACACAUCUGAUCUGAUCGGGAAGAGGACUUCAUGCUUAAAAUUACAACCGGACCGCUUGAAAAAGUUCGACGUCAGUCACGCAAUGAGAGCGACUAUGUCACCCAUUGGGAGAAACUUUGUCACACAGUUUGUCCAUGAACUUAGACAUCGUGACGGAGAGUUUGAAUGAAACAAUAUAGUGAAAGAGGAAUGAACGGGUCUUCCAUUGAACAGAAUCGUCUAGAGACAGUCAAGGAACUGAUUAGUUCGACAGCCAAAUGUAACGCUUCACUAAAGUAUCAGUGGAUUAGAUUGUUUAAGUCUCAGUCCAUUGUUGAAAAAUAUUGGAUACAAAUCAACUCAUUGUAGAUAGCCGCCGUUUUUGAUGGAAAGUAAUACGUUCAACAAAUAGCUGAAAUAUUUAUUCGAAGCUGUCGAAUUAUUUACCCUAUGGUUUAUGUUGUUUACAUAUAAAAUUGAAAGUGUAAACUUUGAGAAGUCGUUGAGUUCCAAAAAAGAUAUACACGCCUACUAGCGUUUUUCAUAAACUUCGGUUACUUUUGAAUGGGUAAAAAA